AGCUCCUCUCCCCUCCCCUCCCUUCCCUUCCCUUCCUAUAUGUAAAUCAGCGCCCCCGCUCCCGCGGAGCCGCCUUUCCCGGGUCAUUUGCAUGCCUCGCAGUGAUUGGGCAGGGGGCGGGGCCUGGCUUUGUUUUCCCAGCUGGGCUGGUGGCGGAGCGCUCGGAGCGGGUGCUGCGGCGGUACAAACGCUGUGCCCAGCCCGGAGAAGCCCCGCCCCCGACCAAAGGCUCCUCCCCUAGGGAAGCCCCGCCCCCAAGAGAACCCGUUGCCUGGAGGAUCCCGCCCCUGCGGGAAGCCCCGCCCUUUACCAUAAGCUCCUAAACUCCCCCGCCCCCGGAAAAGCCCCUCCCCUCCAGCUACAGACCCCUCCCAUCCCUCAGAGAAGCCCUGCCCCUUCGGAGGCUCCACCCCCAGAGAAGCCCUGCCCACUGCACCAAGUCCCACCCCAAGCAAGCCCCGCCUCUUUCAGCUAGAGACCCCGCCCCUCUAGAAGCCCUCCAGCUAGCAGCUCCACCCCCCCCUCUGGAAGCCCCACCCUGAAGAGAGGCCCUACCCCCUCCCUCUAGAGGCCCCGCCCUGCAAAUAAGCUCCAGCUUCUUUCAGCGGUAGGCUCCACCCCCAGAGAAGCCCCGCCCCUUCCAGCUACAGACCCCCCAGAAGCCCCACCCCUCCCUCCAGAGGCCCCGCCCCCAUGGCCCCCGGGGAGCCCCGCACCUUUCAGGCCUACCUGGACGGGCCCCAGCGCCGCUACAGCUGCCGCCACUGCCAGGCCCACCUGGCGAGCCAUGACGCCCUUGUCUCCAAGUCGUUCCAGGGCAGCCAGGGCCGGGCCUACCUCUUCGACAGCGUGGUGAACGUGGGCUGGGGGCCGGCGCAGCAGCGGGUGCUGCUGACGGGGCUGCACGCCGUGGCCGACAUCCACUGCCAGCGCUGCCGCACCCCCCUGGGCUGGAGAUACGAACAGGCCUACGAGAGCAGCCAGAAGUACAAGGAGGGCAAGUUCAUCAUCGAGCUGAGUCACAUGGUCAAGGACAACGGCUGGGACUGACCCGCCGCCGCAGAGACCAGGCCUCGCCAUCGCUGCGGACACUGCCAAUGGGCGGUGGGGGACCGUCGUUGUUGCCAUGGAAACCACGGACACUGCCGGCAGGGGUGGGCCCCUAGUCGUUGCUAAGGAAGCCAGGUCUUACUGUCGCCAUGGAUGUCACCACCAGGGGCUGGGGCCGUUGUUGCUAUGGAAACCAUGGACAUCGCUGCCAGGAAAUGGGGCCUAGUUGUUGCUAUGGAGACCAGGCCUCGCUGUUACCAUGGACACCACCACCAGGGCUGAGGCCUAGUUGUUGCCAUGGAAACCAAGGACACCCCCAGCAGGUGAGGAGGAGGGGGAAAGUAAGGUGUCGCCAUGGAAACUAGCCCUUACUGUCACCAUGGACGCCGCCACCAGGGCGCUUCGUCAUUGCCCUGGAGCCCAGGCCUUAUUGUCACCCUGGUCUAGCCACCCUCCCAACAGUUGCCAUGGAGACUGUCAUGAUGUAUAUGUUGGGGUUUGUGGCUGCUGAGGAGAGCAGCCAAGCUGUCUCCAUGGUGAUGAGGCAUUGCCAUUGCUAUGGAGACAGCUGGGGGGGUGGGGUUUGGCCUGGCCCUAGUUACCUUGGCCCUACUGAUCCCAGUGGAGGGCUCAGCUGUUGCCAUGGUGACAGCUGAAGCCUGUUGUAUAUGGGGGGGCUAGGUA